AAAUGAGUCAGCUGUGAACUGGAUUUGUUGUACAAAUUAUAAUUUAUUGUCAGAAAUACAUAUAUCCUUUACAAAAUGAUGACUAGAUUGUUUGGCGGAAAGGGCAAAAGUCCUCAAGCGACCAACCUUCAAACUCAAAGGACAAAACAGAUCGAGUAUGAAGAAAACAAACUUGAGUGUGGUUGAAAUUGUUCGUGACGUUGAAUACAGGGCAACUAUUUCCAACAUGUCCAAUGGGACAAACAUCAAUCUGAUCAUCACUCUGUCUCCCCAGUUUCCCCAGGACAAGCCAGUCGUGACAGUUCAACCUCCUCUCACCCAUCCCUGGGUGGACAUACACAUGAAAGUUGUUGGCUGCCCGAACAUAAAUAAUUUCUCCAUGCACUCGGACCUUGGCGUUGCAAUUCAGACCAUAGUAGAAGAGUUUAAGAAGACACCCCCAAGGAUUUUACCUCACCUAGUUGGUCAGCAGUUUGGAGCCCCUCAACCCCCAGUGGCGCCAGUGACCGGUCCAGGUUACCCCUUGUAUGGGAAUCCACAAGCUCUGUAUCCCCCAGUGGGACCCCCACCUCUACCCCCAAGGGGAGCAGUAGAAAAUGGAAGGGAAGGCCCACCAGUUUUAUCUGAUCAGGAUGCUAAUGCCUCAAGUCCAGCAUACCCUAUUCCAGACAUCAUGAAAGCUUAUCCUGAACUGAAGGACAAAGGAUUGUUUGAGCUGCAGGAGCUAGUUGAUAACGAGGAAAAAGUGCUGGACUUAUUGCAGGGUCUUCCUGAGCUGGCAAGGUUCACUCAAGAUAGGGAGGAUAUUUCAGCUCAGUGUGUGCAGCUUGCAAGAGAAAACCUCACCAAACAACCGAUUGUAGAAGAACUGAAGGAUUCCGUCUUGAAGAAGAUGUCGGAGCUGGAUGCCAUCAAGGGAGAGUUUGAGACUCACUGUGAGCACCACCUGACCCUGUCUGACCAGUUCCAUCCGGCCAACAUUCAAACAAAUCUCAAAGUCGCUGUAAUGGAAGCUGAGGAGGAGUCAGAGAAAAUAGCAGACGACUUCCUUGAUAGUGAAAAAAAUCGACAUUGAAGAAUUCCUGCAAACAUACAUGCAGAAAAGAACUUUGUGUCACAUGAGGAAAGCCAAAGAAGAGAAGCUGAACCAGAUCAUCAUGGCCUCCGGUGGAUCACAAUACUGACACAAUAAUAACUUUGAUGUGUUUUAAAGACCUGGAACCAGAUACAAUGAAUGUAUAUACUGUUACCAAUGUAUAUGUAUGUAUAUCUACUUCAAGUUCACUCAUAGACCACUCUCCAUAGGAUUAGACAUAUAUUUGAAGGUGACUGAAGGCCCUGAAUCUGGAUACAAUGAAUGGAUGUAUACCUUAAGGUGUCUUGAACCCUACCUCUGGAUAUCGAAUGUGAGUGUGACUUCAUUGUGAGUAGUAAGGAAUACCAAGACAGAACUCCUAGCAUUAGGAAUCCCAGCAUUGUUGUAUAACAUGAAAUCCUGUUAAACAGGGUAUCCUUAUCAUCAUGAAUCAGCCAGAUUAAUAGAUUUCAUGACUAGUGAAUUAUAUGUACGCAGUAAUGUCCCUUUAAUGGUAUAUUACCAUUGCCAACAGAAAUUGUCCAGAUUGUGGGGUUUCAGGGUCAGGACUUUGAAGUUUUCCAUGAAUAUGUAUCUUUCAAGGCAGGACACAUGCUUGUCUCACAAUCCCACAAUUUAGACACAAUGAAUUCCUCCCCUUUUCACAGACUUGCUCUGCCAUGUUGAAAGCACAAACAUUGAGAGUGCUUGAACUGUACAUUCCCACCGCUUUGGUCUGAGAAUAUUUUGGUUACAUGUUCAUGCAUGCUGAAAUCAGUCACUCACAUCAUAAAGCACUGCCUGAACACAAGUUGCACACACUGUGAUACAUGCCCAACCUGUUGGGUAGUUUUUAUAGCCUAGGUAGAUGGUCAUAUUUAGGGAAUACUCUUCUCAGAAUCAGUUCAAGUCUGGGAAAUGAUGUGAAGAUAUGCCAGAAAGGACUGCUCUACAUUAUAAUCUGGUCUUUCCAUAAUAUUAGAUGUGUACAGUUUUGAUCUUUUUGUCAUGUUUGUGACUCCCUUGAAAGUGGAAGAGUACUGAAAAGUAUUUAGGCCAGGGAUACCGCCACAUGUUUUAGUUGCAAGUAUCUGAAAGAUGUUUUUAAUCAACCAAAAUGAUGUUGAAGCCUUCUGGUUCUGUAAGACGAGAGUCAGAAUUUGAGGUGCAUUUAUCACGCUUCUUUUCGCAAGAGUCCAACAAUGUGACCAUAGGAGGAGAAGCUUCUGACACUGCAGUCACUUCACGUUGUUACAUCAACACAGUGUAUCUUUUGUAGACUAGCUUAUGCUUGAAACCUUGGUUCAAUUCGUAACAUGGGUUUGAUAUAUACCGGUAUGUAAAACCAAUCUUAUCCUCCAAUCUUAAAUCAUGUCUUUUAUUCAGAUUUGAUACCUCUCUUUUUCAGCAAGAGAAGGUAUCAAAUUAGAGUAUGUAAUCUGAUUUUAUGAGUUGUGCUGUGCCUAGUAUUGACAUUGCUGAAGUUGAAACACUCCUCAAGAACUAUGAACAGAUUUGAACAGAAUGAUUUGCAGUGUUCAUGAUGAUAUCAAGGAGGAAAUAUUUCUUAGUGAUGUGUGAACGAGUUGUUUGGUUAUCAGUGAAUGAAUAGCAUGAUCAUGGGAAGAAACAUGUGAAAAUGUUCAAAGUAUGUUGUCAUAUAACCAUGACAAUAGUGUUGUGUUUAUACAAAUACUGAUCAACAUCAAAACGAGUUAAAAUCAAACAUAAGCUUGCUAAUGUCUAAAGGGGAGAGCUAAUAAUAUCCUCAAAUAGGAGCAUUAUAUUACUGUUCAUGCAUGUGCCAAUCUUAAAGUUUUGAUGUGGAGGACAAGAAUCAAAUUAGUUUAUUUUUUGGUUUGAUGCUUGGCGAUUAUUAUAUGCUCUUGAGCCAGGAAUUUCCUAUAUAAUAUGAGGUUUUCACAGGAUUUCCCUCUUUCCCCUCUCUAUACUACAGGCCACAGUAGGUUAAUGGUUAGAUUUUCAUGCAACUUUUAAAAUAUGUGAGGGGAGAGACAAUUUUUAGUUUUUGUAUGAUUGUUUCAAACAGUUUGUUCAAGGUGUUCACGUGAAUCUGAUGGUGAAAUGUUGAUAAGGGCUAUACGUAAUACAGGGUAUUGUGUAUUUCAUCCUGUGAGAGGGGGCACACAUCAUGGUAUUCUCAGUGCUUCAGCCAGGCAAGUGCCAUUGCGCCAUUCACACUAAAAAAUAUGCAAUGGCACUUUUUUUCAAUGCUAGAGCGUACCCUUUGGCGCAACACUUAAUAUAAUCCACAGGUCUUCUAUACCAUGGUUACCAUGAAUGGCAAAAGUCUCAACUGCAUUGGCACACAUUUUAGUAGUUAAGGUGCCAAUUGGCUGAAGCACUGUAUUCUGCAUCAGUUGGUCCUGGGAAUGACUAAUGAUAUACGCCACAGAGAUAGAUAAUUGUAAAACUAACAUCAGUCGAUUAUCGAGAGGUAUUUGAAGUAGAACUAAGCAAUAAUGCAAACAAAGUCUGAAAUAAUCGGAAAAUUUCACGUCACUACUGAGCUGUCAGCUGCUUUAUGUGUUACUAACAAUAAGAGCAGCUUUCUGAACAUAAUAUACAAGUGGCCAAUGAAUAAAGAUGCCAUUUGUGUAUUGGGUGUAUAAAUUGAAAAUUUCAUCACAAUAAGAAAGUUCUUAUUACACAAUUUUAGUAUCGAUAACUGUGAAUUAUUGUGAUACAAUUUCCAAGUACAGGUCUUUUUCGCAAAAUGGACCUUUAAAGACAACAAAAUGAAUCGGGUGGGGUGGGGUGGUUAUAAUCUGAUGAUUAAUGUAUUAUGGCCUUGUGAUGAGUUGUUGAAAUAAUGUUGAUUUAACAACCUCGCCAAAUCUGGCAUGUUUCAUCCUCUCAAGGUGCCAAACACGCAUAUUUCUGAAACUUUAUCUUAAUGUUUCUUUUCCUCUAGCAUGAAUAUAUAUAGUCUUGAAUGAUAAAAUCAAAUUGUGUCACUGUAUAUACUAUGUACUGUGUAUGUAUUGAGUGUAUUUGGUGCAUGUGAUGUAUCAUGAAUAUGUAUAUAUCUGUGUUUGUGGAAAGUUUUGUAAGCUUGUCUGUGAUCUUCAGCAUUCCAUAGUCAGGCUUGUAUCUAUCACUGCAGUAUUAGCGUAUUGUGUUGGGUGCCAACAUAUGUUGUAUUGUAGCCUGAUUACACCAUUAUCAACUGUAGAUUCUACAGUGUUGUAUGCCAUAUAGCACAACGUGUGUAAAGCUAUCCAAGUUCACUGAGAUGGUUAUAACUCAAGACCUUUUUCCAUGAAGAGAUGUUAGCAGAGAGAUGAUCGUAACUCCCAUAGACACUCUAGUCAUUACGAUUUGUUUGCUUUGUGGUACGGACGAAGGACGUGUGAAUAGCAUUAUAAUUCCCUGCGCAAAGUAGUGCAUUAGGGCCCCUUCCUGUACAGCCACAACAUACAUAAAUUAGCAUUGGGUCCCUAUGGUGGUGGGGCUUCUGGACAACUGCCCAGCGUGCCCAUGAGUUAUGACGACCUUGGUACAGUGAGUAUGGUUUUAUGCCGCUUUUAGCAAUAUUCCAGCAAUAUCACGGCAGGCAACACUGGAAAUGGGUUUUUCAUAUUGUACCCAUGUGGGGAAUCGAACCUGGGUCUUCGGUGUGACGUGUGAAUGCUUUAACCACUAGGCUACCCCACCUUGGUACAGACCCCCAGGUAGCUGCAUAAACCACCUGUGCUGCUCCUUAUAAACAAUAUAUACAGCAGAGCCUUGUUCACAAAGUGAUCGUAGUAGUACGAUUGUCGUAAGCCUAUGUUAAAGUGUGGAAGUUACGAUUUUCAUAGAACUACGAUCGCUUUGUGGAACGGGGCCCAGGACUGGUUCUUUCUGUUUACCCUCAGGGUUCCACACUGUAGGUUAUUUCCGUUGUAGUCUUAACAUUGAGUAUGUGACUUAUGAUUGUCUAACAUUAAGAUUACUUUGUGGAAUGGGGUCCUCACCUCACUUGGGCCUAUUCAGUGAUCACACAAUUUGUGGGAUUAUUAUACAUGACCAGAGCUCAGUUCCAUGUUUGUUGGGAGCAUGAUGGCCUAGUUGUCUAAAAUGCUGCAAGUUGCUGUUCUGAGUUAGCUUCCCUUAAUUCUAACAUGGUGGGUUUGAAUCCUAUAGGCAAGCUCUGAUUAUGUUUCUAGGUUUGUCUGCUCCAUACCCAUACUCCAGGGCUCCACAUUCACGCUAUCCCACUGGCCCGGGGCUAGUAAAAUGUUGACAGGACCAGUGCAACUUUGAUAAGUGCUAUCCCAACGGUCUAGUAGAUAUUUACCAACGGUCUAGUAGAUAUUUAAGGCUGUCAAUAGGAGUCCCUUAGCAGGACCAGUCAGAAUCUGUAAAGACCAGUGAUUUUUUAAAAGUUACUGGUCCUGUGGUCUUGUUCGGGAAUUUGGGUGAAUGUCAAGCCCUGAUACUCAUGUGUUUCAUCAACGUGGAGAAUCACCUAAGAUGAGCAUCACUCCAAGCUUUCCAACCACAUUAGAUGCAAUGCCGUGAUAUGACAGAAAUGCUGUGUGAUACCCAAACAAACUCUCUCAAUCAUGGUUAGAAAUGGUUUUCAGAUUCCCAUGCUUUUCUUAAGGCGUCACUUACAAGAUCGAGUGGCAAAGUCUUGGUGCAAGUCAUGUACAUCAUCAACUAAUUUGGAUGGUAGUGAUGGUUGUAUCAUUUGUUUGUUUGUUGUUUAACACCGCACUCAGCAAUAUUCCAGCUAUAUGGCGUCAGUCUGUAAAUACACGAGUCUGGACCAGACAAUCUAGUGAUGAACAAUAUGAACAUCAAUCUACACCAUUGGGGUAUGAUAACGUGUUAACCAAGUCACCAAGCCACACCACCCAAUUCAAUUAGUCGCCUCUUACAGCAAGCGUGGGUUGCCGAAAAUCAAAUUUAACCUGGAUCUUCAUGGGUUGAUGGUUGUAUCAGAUGUUUUAGAUCAUGUGAUGGGGAAUUAUAUCUGCAGCUCCUGCUUCAGUCAGGCAUGAAGUUUGACAGCCUUGAUUUACCAGAGGUCAUGUUAUGAGAGACCACUUCGAAGGUGUAAUUCACGGACACAUUUCUUGUAUUUUAAUCAAAUUCAACAAUGACUGUGUUGAAUAGUUAUGGUUUUAGUAAUAAAUGUUCCUUGAUCUUAUCUGGUAUGCAUAAUUGUGACCUUGAUAAUCCACAGAUGUGUCCGAAAUGUUUUUGUAGAGGGUCAGGUCUGAGCAGUAAGCCGGAUGAACUCGCAAAUGUUCAUUGUGUUAUGUGUGAAUAGGCCAUGAAAACAGACAAAAUAUGGAUCAUGAAAAUACACAAAAUAUGGAUCAUGAAAA